UUGACCCUCAAGAUAGUUAGCUCGCGAAAACACUCGUCAUCCAGCCUACCCGACUUGGCAGAGCGACCGGAAGUAAAAAUAAACCUGGAACGCUUCUCUGCACCUGCGACACAAACAAAGCCAACCUGUGCCUCACGUGAUUAGACCCGGUGAAAUUUCAGCGUAAUCAUGUCACACCGCAUUCCUCACCAUGUGUUAAACUGAUUUUAUAAUGACUGAUUGCACACUUUAAAAAAAAAAAAAAAAAAAACAAACACAUAAGUCGGGAGCAAACUAAUUUCAGCCACGAGCCAACCAAUGGCAGUGCUCCGUGUCUCACCAUCCUCUAUCUCUCCGGUGUGUUGAUAUCCAAUUUGGACGCCUCCCAACAAAAUCUGUGUAAAGUGGCCAUUAUCAGGCCCAUUACAGCACAGUGGGGCAUAACAACAUUACUCACAUAAUUUGUUGGCGGACUAGAGGUGCGGGCCCCCUGUGGAUGUGGUUUGGGCAGAGGCCAAGUGAAGCCAGGGCAGGUGUCGUGCCGACCGUAGUCUUCCCUGAAUUAUAACAGUACAACGCAGCAGCUACACCUGCCCAAAGCCCGCUGGAAACAAAGCCCUGACUGAUAAAUGACGCCAGCUAUGUCUGUUCCCUGCCAUGCUCAACCUGGCCAAUAAUGCUGAGAUCACUUCCAAUGCCACCUGCGGGAACCCUCGGCCUGAGAUGUACUGCAAGCUGGUGGAGCACGUGCCAGGCAGACGCAUUCGUAACUCACAGUGCAGGACCUGUGAUGCCAACAGCGCCAACCCCAAAGAGCAACAUCCUAUUGCCUACGCUAUCGAUGGCACUAACCAGUGGUGGCAGAGUCCCAGCAUCAAGAACGGCCGACAGUUUCACUGGAUCGACAUCACUCUGGACCUCAGACAGGUCUUCCAGGUGGCCUACGUGAUCAUCAAGGCGGCCAACUCCCCUCGUCCUGGGAACUGGGUGCUGGAGCGUUCGCUGGACGGGGUGAACUUCACGCCCUGGCAGUACUACGCCAUUAGCGACACGGAGUGCCUGACGCACUACAACGUUACCCCCCGCAUCGGACCCCCCACCUACAAGAAGGACAACGAGGUCAUCUGCACGUCCUACUACUCUCGACUGGUGCCUCUGGAGCAUGGCGAGAUCCACACAUCUCUGAUCAACGGCAGGCCUGGCGCUGACGACCUGACCCCGGAGCUGCUGGAGUUCACCUCGACCCGCUUCAUUCGCCUGCGUCUGCAGCGCAUCCGCACCCUCAACGCCGACCUCAUGACCCUCAGCCACCGCGACCCCAAGGAGCUCGACCCCAUCGUCACCCGCCGCUAUUACUACUCAAUCAAGGACAUCUCAGUAGGUGGGAUGUGCAUCUGCUAUGGCCACGCCCAGAGUUGCCCCUUGGACCUCAUCACCAAGCAACUGCACUGUGUGUGUGAGCACAAUACAUGUGGCGAGAGCUGCAAUGAGUGUUGCCCCGGCUACCACCAGCAACUGUGGCAACCAGGAACCCUCUCUGUUGGCAACACUUGUGAGAAGUGUAACUGCCACAACAAAGCGGAGGACUGCUUCUACAACGCGACAGUGGCCGAGCUGAGGAGGAGCUUGAACCUUCACGACCAGUUCGUGGGAGGUGGUGUGUGUAUCGACUGCUCACAGAACACCGCGGGGGUGAACUGCGAAACCUGCGCCGACGGAUUCUUCAGACCUCACAAGGUGUCUCCGUACGCUGAUAACCCGUGUGUGGAGUGCAACUGCCACACGAGAGGCACCCACUCGCCAGCCUGCAUCAGGGAUGACAAACACGCCAGCCCACUGAAAGGUUUGCACCCAGGCCAGUGUCUGUGUAAGGAGGGCUUUGCGGGCGAGCGUUGCGACCGCUGUGCUUUCGGCUACAGGAACUUCCCCCUGUGCACGCGCUGCGAGUGCAGUCUGGAUGGCAGUGUCAACGUGGACCCCUGCAACGAGUGUGUCUGCAAGGCCAACGUGAUGGGAGCCUACUGUGACCUGUGCAAGCAAGGCUUCUUCAACCUGCAGGGGCUCAACCCGGAGGGCUGCACGGAGUGCUUCUGCUUUGGAGUGUCUGACGUGUGCGAGAGCUUGCUGUGGCCCACAUCUCAGGUGGAUCACCUGGACGGCUGGCUGGUCCCCACCACCCCGAGCACCUCCAUCUACACGGCCCCUCUUAUCGAGGACAACCUGAUCAUCCCCAGCAACGUCACCUCCUACCGCUUCCUCUACACCUGGGCCGCGCCAGAGAGCUUCCUGGGAAACAAGUUGACUUCAUACGGCGGCUUCCUGAAAUACAGCGUGGCGUAUGACAUCGCCGUGGAGAACGUGGACAAGACUCUGCCCUCUCACUUUGACUUGAUUAUUGAGGGCAACGGGCGGUCCCUCCGUCAGUCCCCGUCCCGCCGCCUGCUCCUGACUCCUCUGCGGGAGCAGGAGGUGUCUGUGGAGGUGGUGCCACACAGCUUUGUGGACCUGCAUACGAGCCGGCGCAUCCAGAGGGACGAGCUCAUGACGGUUCUGGCCGACGUGGCGAACCUGAGGGUCCGAGUCUACCUCAACACCAGUACCGAGGGGGACCUGAGGUUGAGUCAGGUCUCUCUGGACACAGCCAGGCGUAACUCCUCCAGCUCCCUGCAGGCUAUCGGUGUGGAGCAGUGCGAGUGUCCCUGGGGCUACUCGGGGACGUCCUGUGAGUAUUGUAUCUCCGGCUUCUACCGUGUGGAUGGGAUCCUGUUUGGUGGAAACUGCCUCCAGUGUGAGUGUAAUUACCACGCUACACAGUGUGACAUCAACGGCGUAUGUGUGGGUUGCAGUCACAACACCACUGGGCCCCACUGUGACCAAUGCCUGCCCGGUUUCUAUGGCGACCCCUUCGAGGGCACCGCUGAGGACUGCCAAAGAUGCGCCUGCCCGCUGACUGUGGCGUCGAACAAUUUCAGCCCCACCUGCUCUGUGGAGAAUUCAGGAGAGGUGACAUGUGACCAGUGCCAGAGAGGAUACACUGGACCCAAGUGUGAGAGGUGUGCGGACGGUUACCACGGGGACCCCACCGCCCCCGGGCAGGGCUGCGUCCCGUGCCAGUGCAACGGCAACGUGGACCCCGAGGAGCCGGGCCACUGUGACCCCGGCACCGGGGAGUGCCUCAAGUGCGUGGGUCACAGUGCAGGACGGAGCUGCGAGAGGUGCGCCGACGGUUACUAUGGCGAUGCCGUCUCGGCCAAGAACUGCCAGGCUUGUGGUUGCCAUGGAAACGGGUCCUUGGCCAGUGUGUGUCACGUGGUGACGGGCCAGUGUGAGUGCAGACACCACGUGGAAGGAGGGAAGUGUGACCGGUGCGAGGUGGGCUUCCAUGGCCUUCUCAGCGGCCAGGGGUGUGCCGCGUGCAACUGUAGCCAAUCAGGUUCCACCUCAGUGGCGUGUGACGAGGAGGGACAGUGCCAGUGCAUCACGGGUGUCGCGGGUGACAAGUGUGACCGCUGCCAGCAGGGCUACUACAACUUCCAGGAGGGAGGCUGCACACCCUGUGACUGUGCCUACACCCAUGGCAACUGUCACCCGGAGACGGGGGAGUGUAUCUGUCCUCCACACACCAAGGGAGACAAGUGUGAGCUGUGUGAGGAGAACUACUGGGGACACAACCCCAUGACCGGCUGCAAGUCCUGUGACUGCAGUGUGGCAGGCUCCUCAUCCUCCCAGUGUAAUGUCACCGCUGGCCAGUGCCCGUGUCUGGAGUCCUUUGACGGCCAGAGAUGCGACCGCUGCGCCAUGGGCUUCAAGGACUUCCCACAAUGCACUGCAUGCAACUGCAACAUCAACGGCACACAGGAGGAGUUCUGUGACGAGAAGCUGGGCGUGUGUGGCUGUGAAGAGCAGGGCAGCUGCAUGUGCAAGGCCAACGUGGGCGGAGGAGGAUGCGAUGAGUGCACGCGGGGCACGUUCGGCCUGACUGCUGAGAACCCGGCCGGCUGCAGCCCCUGCUUCUGUUUCGGCGUCUCGUCGGACUGCGAGGAGAUGGGGGGCCUCGUCAGAGUGCCGCUGACACUGGGAGAGGACCCAGAGCGCCUCCAUGUGGUGAGCCAGAGUAACUUGCGGGGCACGCUGGAGGGGGUGUACGUGCAGAAUGCUGAGAUGCUGCUGGACACCAGCCAGCUGGAGAACUCCCUCCUGACUGGGCCGUACUACUGGAGACUGCCCAUUCACUUCCAGGGCCACAAGCUGUUGUCUUAUGGAGGGAAGCUGUCGUACUCUGUGGUCUUCUACGCCAUGGAUGCAGCAGGUCUGUCCAACUACGAGCCUCAGGUUCUGAUCCGUGGAGGUCGACUGAAGAAGGUGGUCAUCUACAUUGACAUGCCUGCCCCUGAGAAUGGCAUGAAGACCCGACAGGAAGUCCCUCUUACUGAGCAUAAAUGGAAGUAUUUCAACUCGGUCUCUGAGAAACCUGUCAGCCACCCAGACUUCAUGUCUGUCCUGAGUAACAUUGAAUACAUCACCAUCAAAGCCUCAUAUGGAACUGGACUGCAGCAGAGCAGGAUCGCGAACAUCAGCAUGGAUAUUGCCAUGGAUGCGGAGGACGGGCCGGAGUUCACAGAAGUGGCAGGCUUGAUCGAGUCCUGUGAGUGUCCACGCGGUUACGCAGGACUGUCCUGCCAGGAGUGCGCCCCAGGUUACUACAGGCAGCCGGUGUCCGAGCUGAACAUGAAGGGGAUGAACCGGCCGCUUAUCCAGCCCUGCGUGCCCUGCGGGUGUAACAACCACAGCCUGGCCUGCGACCUGGAGACCGGAGAGUGCCUGGGCUGCCAGCACCACACGGCCGGUGAGCGCUGCCACGUCUGUGCCCAAGGCUACUACGGCGCGGUGAGGGGCUCCAUCAGGGACUGUUCCCUGUGCGCCUGCCCUCUCCAGACUAACAGCUUCAGUCCCUCCUGUGUGCUGGAGGGUGUUGGGGAUUACCGCUGUAACGCCUGCCAACCCGGCUACGAGGGCCGCUACUGCGAGAGGUGUUCUGUGGGUUACUAUGGCAACCCUUCAGAGCCAGGCGGGCGCUGUCAGCAGUGUCAGUGCAGCACGGCGGGGUCUGUCCAUCAGGUGUGUCAUCACCUGACGGGUCAGUGCGACUGUAAGGUGGGCGUGAGGGGACACACCUGCGAGGAGUGUGAGGCCAGACACGUGCUGAUCAAAGACCAGUGUGUGUCUUGUGAUGACCAGUGCACAGGGGUCUUACUAGAUGACCUGGAUGCUCUGGACGUCUCCAUCUCUUCUGUGAACCUGAGCGGCAUCAUCCUCGCCCCCUUCAGUCUGCUGCUGUCCUUGGAGGAUCAGACGCGGCAGAUUCAGGACCUCAUGUCAUGGGAGAAAAGCUCAAGUCAUAAGACGAACAAGGCAGAGGCUGCUGUGACUAACUUCACUAAACAAAUUGACGACCUUGAGGAAAAGGCCAAGACUGUGUCCAAAUACGGAGAGGAAGUGAUCCAAUCAACAGAAAAGCGGAUUACACAGGGCAAUAAAUUACUGGAGUUUAUCAAUAAGACUCGUGCUACUAUACAAGCUCUGGAAGAGGAGGUGGGUCGUCUGAAUGAGACAGCGAAGGAGGAGAUGAGCGAGACCAACAGCACCGUCCUACUGGGGCAGGUGGAGGCCAUGCUGGAGCAGAUAAGAGGCCUCAACAUCACCAACGCCAAUACCUCAGCCCUCACUGAACUCAGUGAGGCGGUGGCAGUCCUUGAGAAGGUACAGAGACAGAUUGGGGAGCCUCGCCAAGCCGUCGAGUCUCAGAUGGAGGCCAUCGUCACGGUGCUGUCCAAUCACACGCAUCAGCUGCAGGAGGCCAAGGAGCUCAUUAUGGUGGCCAGGGGGCAUAACAAUCAGACCACUCAGCUGCUCAGUAUCAUCAACAUCACUCUGGACCAGUACACUACUUUGAAGCACAACGUGAGCACCAACACCCAGGAAGUGACCUCACAGAUGGAGGAGGCCCAGGACCUCCUGACUGAUGCUCUGAACAUCGGUGGAGACAUGGACAACAUCACAUCUACUCUGGAGGAGACACGCGAUGAGCUGGAGAUGCGCUACCCCACUCUGAGGAAGCACGUGGACACGCUGGUCAUGGACCUCAGCAAGAGAGACGCUCUGCAGAUAGUCUACAGGGCCGAGGACCACGCCAAGGCACUGCACAAAGAGGCAGAGGCUCACAACGGGUCUUUGUCUGAGGUGCGCGGAGCGUCAGAGAAUGCCACCAUUGCAGCCCUGGCCAACACUAACAUCCGAGGAGACAUCCAGGCAGCGGAGGACUUAGCAUUGACAGCCAUCCAGAAUGCCACUGACGUACUCAACCAGACUCAGUCAGAGGAGCCAAUGAAUGGACAGGGGACACGGGCCCUGCAGCAUAGCAUGGACAUCCUGGAGAAGAGCUACCGCAUGAGCAACUACAGUGAUGGUCUUGUUGUGAAUCUCACCGAUAUGACUGACAGGCUGGCUCUGGCCAAAGCCAACAUCCGCAACAUAAGCCAGCUGAUCCCAGAGGCGUCUACAUUCCUCAAGGACCUUCCCAGUGGUAGCAAACAGGUCCAGGAGACCAAGGAGCAGGCGGAAGGGGUCAACGCCUCUCUGCUGAAGGCUCUGGGUCGUCUAGAGCACUUGCAGGUCAAGCUAGGGCAGUCCACCUCCACCGUGGCCGAAGCCAACAGCACCGCCAGGGGCACCAACGAGAUGGUCACCGACUCAGAAAAGACCACCAGUGAGGCGGCGGCGAAGCUGAAUGAGGUGGAGGUGUGGACGGAGCGUCUCUUUGACAGGAUGAAGCCUUUGAAGACGCUGGGGGAGAACCUGAGCAGGAACCUGUCCGAGAUCAAAGAGAUGAUCAGCCAAGCUCGCAGGCAGGCCGCCUCGAUCAAAGUGGCAGUACUGGCAGAGCACGACUGCGUCAGGGCCUACAAGCCUGAGGUCUCCUCCAGCAACAUCAACACCGUCACCCUGACAGUGAAGACGACCGAACCCGACAACCUGCUAUUCUACAUGGGCAGCAGCUCCGCCGCGGACUUUAUGGCCCUUGAGACGCAUCAUGGGAAGGUGUCAUUCACAUGGGAUGCUGGGUCAGGUCACGCCAAGCUGGAGUACCCCGACGUGCAGAUCAACAACAAUAAGUGGCAACGGAUUAACGCAACUCGUUUCGGCAAGCAUGGCACACUGACAGUUCAGCAGCUGGAUUCUGCGCCCUUGCCAACAGUAAAGGCAACUGCCCCAGGGUCAUCUACAGUCAUGGACAUCACUAAGGACACCUGGAUAUUUGUUGGUGGUCUAGGCAAACAAAUCAAGAAGUCCUCAGCAGUGAAGUUAAAGCAGUUCAAGGGCUGUAUGGGAGAAGCCUCGCUGAACGAGAAGAACAUUGGGUUAUGGAACUAUGCAGAGAGAGAAGGACAGUGUCGUGGCUGCUUCAAGAGUCCUCAGGCAGAGGAGACCUCUUUCCAUUUCGAUGGCAGCGGAUACUCUGUGGUGGAGAAGUCCCUCCGCUCGACAGCCACCAGUAUCGUGAUGUUCUUCAAGACUCUCUCACCCAAUGGCCUACUCCUCUACCUGGCAUCAAACGGAACGAGAGACUUUUUGUCCAUUGAGCUGGUGGACGGAAAAGUGCGUUUGACCUUUGAACUGGGAUCUGGACCCCUCACCAUGACAACCACCAAAGUGUACAACACAGGAACCUGGUACAAAAUUGCCCUGCAGAGAAAUAAACGCAAAGGCUAUUUGGCCGUCAUGGCAGCAGACAACCCCUCAGAGCGUGAGGUCACAGAGAAAGAGGCUCCAGAUGGGAAUUCCGACCUCAACCGCUCCGACCUCGACCCCAUUUACAUCGGAGGCCUCCCUAUGUCUCGACCAAUCAGGAGGCAGGUGGUGGCACGCUCAUAUGUAGGAUGCAUCAAAAACGUGGAGAUUGCUCGCACAAACUUUGACUUGCUGAGGAAUUCCUAUGGUGUAAAGAAAGGUUGUGUUCUAGAGCCCAUCCGCAGAAUGUCGGUGCUGGGUGGAGGUUUCCUGGAGAUGCCCUCCAUCAGCCUGGAUCCCCAGAUGGAGCUCAUGGCCACCUUCUCCACAAAGAAUAUGUCAGGCCUGAUCCUCGCUGGCUUUGGCAAGAUGGCGAACCGCAAGCGCCGACAGACACACCAGCCUUUCCUGGCUGUCAUGCUCGUGUCUGGUCGACUGGAGGUCCAUGUAAACAUGGCUGAGGGAGGGAGUUCCCACAAAGCUGUCAUCAGAUCCUCGACAGGAACCUUUGCUGAUGGGAAAGAGCACUCUCUCAUCCUGCAGAGGAGCAAAAGGACGAUGCACGUGCUGGUGGAUGAGGACCACCAGACCUCAGUGAGACUGGGCUCCUCGGCCGAUAAAGGCUCACUGAUCCUGGACCACCUCUACGUGGGAGGAGUGCCACCAGGAGAGGGCAGCAGAGUGCUCUCAAUCACCACCGCCUUCUACGGCUGCAUCAGGAACCUCGCCCUGAACACCGAGCUGUUGGACCUGUCCAAUGCCCUGCGGUACGAGGGAGUGGACAUGGACAGCUGUCUCCUGGAGGAACGGCCCAAACGGGUGGUUCUGCCCGACGAGGCGGAUCUAGAGCCCACCCCUGACCCGGCCAAACCCCCACAGGCACCUCCAACCGAGCUCAGCGCCAUCACACCAGGCUCCACCUCCUGUGCUACCAUGGACGACACAGGAACCCUCGGUGAAUCCCACCAGUUUGGGCUGUCCAGGAACAGCCACAUGAUCCUGGCCUUCAAAAACAGGACAGUGAGAACGAGCUUCUCCGUGAAGCUCUCGGUGCGCACGUUCGCUGGCAGCGGCGUGCUGUUCUACAUGGCCAAUGCCAAUCAGCAGGACUACGCCGUGCUGCAGGUGCAUGGUGGGCAUCUCUUCUUCGCCUGUGACCUGGGCAAAGGGCCUGCCACCGCCUCCCUGCCCAAGCGCAUUAACGACGGCCUCUGGCACACCGUAAAGACAGAGUUGGGUAAGAAGAAUGUGAAGAUCAGUGUUGAUGGAGAGGAGUCCACUCGCGUUCAGCUCAAAGGGCACACACUUGACGUGGAAGGAAACCUCUACCUGGGAGGCCUGCCUUCCACCUACAUCCCCCGGAGGAUCGGAAAUGUGACCCACAGUCUGGCGGGCUGCGUUCAGGGCGUGCUGCUGAACAGCGUGAAGAUGAACACCAAGAGGCCGCUCUCGGCGCACGCCACCGGCGAGUGUUUCAGCUCGGCGCAGGAGGGCACCUUCUUCAGCGGCAGUGGAUACGCGGCAUUCGUUAAAGAGGGCUACAAUGUGGGCUCAGAUGUGACCGUGAGUUUGGAGUUCCGCUCUACCGGACUGGACGGAGUUCUGUUGGGAGUCAGCAGCCCCAAGAUUGAUGCCAUUGGCCUGGAGCUGGUCAAUGGACAGGUGGUCUUUAACGUGAACAACGGGGCGGGCCGUACCUUGGCGUCCUCGCGGAGCAGUCGCUGGUUCUGUGAUGGCCGCUGGCACACCGUGGUGGCCAAGAAGUUCAAGAACAGCAUCAGCAUCACCGUGGACGGGCUCACCGUCACCACACCCAACCCCUACCUCUCAUCCACCUCAGCCGAAACCAAAAAUCCCAUCUACGUGGGAGGAUAUCCAGCUGAUGUGAAGCAGAACUGCCUGACCACAAAGACUGCGUUCCAAGGCUGCAUGCGUAACCUGCGUAUUUACAAAGGUCACGUGACUGACGUUUUGGACUUUGGCUCAGCGUUCCUCCUCCAUGGCGUCACUCCCAACUCCUGCCCUGGAAGAACCGCCUAAAACACUCGCUCCCAUCCCCCGGAACAUUCCGUACCUCUCUGUGUAUAAUGUUUUGUAUAAAGAAUUUAAUAAUUAAUUUUUUUUUAUUUUGAAAAAAGAAAAUCCAUACUUGUUUUUUAAAAGGUCACUGUUUGUCUAAAAUAUGUUGUUUUGAAUGUUCAUUUCAGACAUGGAUGUCAGGGAAUGGCUACAUGAGUAUUGAAAGGUCAAUAGCAUUUCAAAUGUGUCUAAAAUGAAUUUAGAAUCACGUCUGUCACAAUGCAAUAAAUGCAAUGAAGUUCUCAGGAAAAUGUCUUCGUAACAAUUGAUUUAUUUGUUGAUUUUAUAAUGAACCCAGUCAGGGCCUCUGAUAACAAGCCCAAUUAGAUGUUUUCCUAAGGAUGCUGUCACUAGCAGAAUAAAAAAGCUCACUAAAAAAACAUUAAAA